GUGUUCACUAAUAACAUAGAGAGAACAUAUAUAGUGACAAGUAAUACAAAGUGUCUUCACGGAGCAAAAGUUGUGGAUUUUUAAAACGUGUCAAAAUUAGAUACUAUAUUAUUUAUUUAUUGAAAUUUUAUUUAUAUCAAAGUGUAAAAAGUAAUAUUGUGAUAUACAUUUAUUAUUAUCUUAUAUAUAUACAUUUAUUAUUAUUAAUUAUAAAUUUUUUAAAAAAUUUUACUCGUUAGAAUUUUUUAUUGACUCUUGUAAAUAUCUCAAAAAUUUUUUCAGAAAGAUGUCAGAAAUUUUAAGUGAAAGAAGUUAUAUAUUUAGUCACAGCUAUAUAAAUAUACAAUGGGAAUGCAAAUAAUUUAAGUAAACUUUAUGAAGUACCGUUUUAAAUUUAAAAUCCAUCUCAAUAUCUCGAAAAUCUCUUCUAAUAUAAUACUUUAAAAAAAAAAAAUAAACAUAUUCUCAAAAAGUAAUGUAAAUACCUCAGAUAAGAAAAGAUAAAAAUUAUUUUUAAUUUAACUUCCUUCAAUAAGUAUAAAUUUUAUAUUAAAAUUUUGUAUAUAUAUUUGAAUAUUGUAUCAGUAUUAGGAUAAUGAAACUAAUUGUCUCCUCAAUAACAGAAAAAAAAAAGAAUUUGUUUUUCAAAUUGUAUAAAAACAUUUUUACUGUUUCAGAAUAAAGGUAAAAUCGAGAUAACGAAAAAAAGAAAAAUAAAAAAGAGAUAAGUGCGUGAAAAUUGGGUUACAAUCAUGAAAUUCGCAAAUCCGUUACAACGAUUCAAAAAAUGCAUAAUAUUAUUUUCAUUGGGUAUAAGUUGCAGCAUUUUAUCUUAUUUGAUAUAUAUAAUAAAUCCAUCAAAAUUAAUAUUGGAAUACAAUCUGGAAAUGAGACCAGAUUCAAUGGUUUUUGAAUUAUGGAAAAAACCUCCAAUUCAGAUUUACAUAAAAGUAUACAUAUUUAAUAUAACAAACAUGGAAGAAUUCCUCAAAGGCGGAGUAAAAUUAAAAGUUGAAGAAAUUGGACCUUACGUCUACCAAGAAAUAGUAGAAAACCAUAAUAUUACUUGGCAUGAAAAUAUGAUUUCAUACAUUCCAAAAAGAACAAUAAUAUAUGUUCCAGAAAUGUCGAUUAAUGAUCCAAAAAAAGAUAUAAUUCAUGUUCCAAAUAUACCUAUGUUGGGACUUUCUUCAUCGUUGCACGACGCUGGAUUUCUUGUUAACUAUCCUUGGACGAGUUUGGUAAAUAUAUUGGAUAGUAAACCAAUAUUAAAACUGAACGUUCAUGAUUAUCUUUGGGGCUAUGAAGACAAAUUGAUUCGUUUUGCUAGUGGAAUUAUGCCAAAUUUUAUAGACUUCAUUAAAUUUGGAUUACUCGACAGAAUGUAUGACGAAGGGGAAAAUAUAAUAUCGAUAAAUAUUGCAAAAAAUAAAAAUAUGACUGAGGAGGAAGGACGUUAUUUAAGUAUACAAUUAUACAAUGGUAGUCCAGGAAUGUCACAGUGGGGUUAUCGAGAAGAAGAUGGGAAUGAAACAUAUCCAGAGAAUACUAUUUGCAAUCGUAUUAAAGGAACUACUGAAGGGGAAUUAUUUCCAUCUUAUCUAGACAAACAUGCUGUAUUCAGAAUAUUUCGAAAAGCAUUUUGCAAAGCUAUACCAAUUGUUUUCAAAAAGGAAGUGAUAAUGGAUAACGGUUUGAAUGGUUAUCUUUACAGCAUGUCGGAUGAUUUUUUGGAUACUUCUGAGCAAAAUCCGGAUAAUGCGUGUUAUUGCCGGAAAAAGAAACAAUGUUUAAAGAAAGGACUCUCUGACAUAACACCAUGUUAUUAUAGAAUACCUGCAGCGAUGUCAUUGCCGCAUUUUCUUCACGCUGAUUCUAGUAUAUACGAUAAUGUGGAAGGUCUUAAUCCGGAUUCUAAAAGACAUACUUCGCAAAUUAUAAUACAACCGACGGUCGGUAUCCCAAUGAAAAUUAAUUCGAAAAUACAGAUUAAUCUCGUUAUGCAACGUACAAUUUAUAAUUCCAAAAUCAGGCCUUUUAAUGAUAUGACGAUACCAUUAUUUUGGAGUGACUUGGUAAUGGAUUCGUUACCAAAUGAUUUAACAUUUAUUUUAAAAUUAAUACUUCAAAUAUGCCCAAUGGUACAAACAGUGAUAAUUUGGUUAUUGGGUAUCGCAGGAAUGACGAUGUUCGUAUUAUCGUUAUUAGCUAUAUUGUGGACUAUUAAUCAGCAACAAAAACCACUUCCGUCGGAAAGGAGAGAAAGUUGCGAUUUACGAAUCCCAUUGAAUUACAACCAAUACACAACAAUACGUAUUUUGCCGAAUAUCAAAAAAAAAUCCAAGUCAGAUUUAUUUAGCUAACCAGUUGUUAUAGAAAAAUUUUAGAAGUUCAUACACUUAAAUAAUAAUAAAGGGAAAAAAGAAAAAAACAUUUUUAUUCGUUAUAAAUAAUAGAUAUAGCAAUCAAUUUUUUUCUUCGUGAAAAAAAAUGUAUCGACGUGCUACCUAUUACUUUAAUUGACUCAGAAUACAGAAAAAGGUAUUCUACGUUACGAUACACAUUCAGGGUUUUGUGCUAAAAAUAUUAUGGAUCGAUAUUUUUCUAUCAGAAUAUUAUUAUUUAAUUUUUUUUUGUUCUUUAAUAUAUUAUAGAAUAAUUUGAAAUUUCAUUAUAUACAUAUAAUUGAAUAUAUAUUAUACAAUAAUGAAUAAUAUCACAAUGACAUAUCAAUAAUAUCAUCUUCUAUUAAUUUUUAUAUGUAUACAAAUGUUAUUAUGAUGUUAAUUUAUACAUAUAUUAUAUAUAUACUUUAUUAUAUAAUUAUAUAAUAGUAUAAUUACAAUUAAUAGUAUAAUUAUGAUAUAAUUAAAAAUAUAAUUAUAUCUAUAUCAUAUUAUUAUAUAUGUAUAUAAUAUUAUAUAUAUAUAUAUAUAAUAUUAUUAAUACGUAACAUAACCAAUAAUAUGAACAAAUUGAAAAUUUUAAAAAAGUGAAUAUUUUCAAAUAAUGAAAACAAAUAUAUAUAUUUUUUUAUAUUUUUAUGUAAAGAAUUACGUAACAAAUAUAAUUGAUGAAAUUAAUUUAUAAAAAGAUCUUAAUUACAUUACUUAUUAUUAAAACUUGAAAGUAAAAAGCGAAAAUUCAAAAAUAAUAAAUGACUUACGUAUUUCUAAUUAAAUUUUUGUAUUUUUAUGUAUAUCUAUAUUCAAUAUUUUCAUUGAAACAAUGAUCACUGUAACACUUCAUUCUAUUCCGAUUCGCAUCACCGGAAAUAUCUUUACUACUCGAAACAUCUUAUAUACGUUUCAGUAUAGAGUUUCCUUUUAUAAAAAAAUAUUGUAAUUAUAAUAUAAUUAUAAAUAUAAUUAAAUUAAUUACAAUUUCUAAUUAAUAUAAGGAAUUAAUGAAAAUUUAUCAAUUACUAUAAAUACUUAUGAUUAUACUCAAUCUUGUUUGAAUAUUUUUGUAGAAAUUAAAUUAUAUUAUAUAAAUUUUAUAAAAUUACAUUUAAAUUUCAUUUAGAAUUAUUCAAUAUAUGAAACAGAAAUAAUAAUCAUUA